AUGCCGGCGACCGCGUCGAUGUCUGAUUGGGACGGGUACGGCGCGCAGAUCUUCCCCGCCGACAUGAUGCUCCGCCACCAGGAGACCCUGGAGGCCGUGCUCCAGCAGCCGGUGGCGGUGGUGGCUCCCCUGCGGGCGCCGGAAGCGGCUGCGGGGGAGGGGGAGCUGAGGGACGCGGCGCCGGCGGCGGUGGCGGAUGGCGCCGGCGCCCAUGGCGCGGCCGUGCCGCGGAGGCGGCCGUACCGGACGGACCGGCACAGCAAGAUCCGCACGGCGCAGGGCGUGCGCGACCGGCGGAUGCGGCUGUCGGUCGGCGUCGCGCGGGAGUUCUUCGCGCUGCAGGACCGCCUGGGGUUCGACAAGGCCAGCAAGACCGUCAACUGGCUCCUCACCCAGUCCAAGCCGGCCAUCGACCGCCUCCACGACGCCGCCGAUCCGCCGGCGGUGGUGACGGGGAGAGGGGAGGGGAGCUCCUCGAGCGCUUGCUGUUUCGAGGACCCGAGGGAGGACGAGGAGGCGGCGGGGAAGGGAAGAAGCAGAGGUGUCGGUCGUUAUGGGCCAGCGGCGGCGCUCAUGGAAGAGCACGGCGGCGGCGAGGUCGACUGGAUCACGUCGGACGCCGCAGCGGCGGCGCCGCCGCAGCCACCGCAGCCGAUGGACGAGUUGGAGUACUACUACCAGUACUACCUGCAGCUCGAGGAGAUGAUGAGAUGCAACAACGGAGGAGUGCCAAGGUGA